ACUUCUAGCGACCUCUUGCGUUGACCCAGGGCUGUUAAUGUUGUGCUGCAGUGCUGUAUUAGCGCUCGGCUGAUACAUCACAUUGUGCGCUUUCAGGCUGUUGCGACAGGAAACUGGUGCAGUGUGUUCAGAGGUCAGGAACUGAGGACCGAGAUGACGUAACAGUAACGUGUAGGUUAAUUGUUACGUUGGUUUUCUACAGCUCUUCGACUAUGUAUGUGGUGAUGUGGCGACGCUGGGUGCUGGUGUUUCCCGCAGCGGCCGUGUCGCUGGCGUGCAGCUGGUGGUGGGUGUGGCGCAGCGCGGCGGAAGCCACGGACAGGGGGUGGUCGCCAGCAGCGGCCAGAGGGCGGGCCGCGCUGCCCGCCGUGCCGCAGCCGCUGCUGGAGCUGUACCACAGGCACCGCAGGCACCGGCCGCACCCGCCCCCGCCGGCGGAGCUCAUCCGCGGACUCAGGCCCACGGCGCAAGGCUGGGCGCCGGGCCGCGCCUUAUUGGAGUUCCGGCUGCCCACCACGGAAGCUGGCGAGCGGCUGAAGGCGGCUGAGCUGAGGCUCCACGCCAGACUUGCAGGCGGUCCACCAGGGGUGGUCGCAAUGGUGGCGUGGUCGGGCCCACGUCGCCUGGACGGCGGCCUGCGGUCCGUGGGUUCGCGCCCCGCCUGGCUCGCUCCACUCAACGUGACUGCGGCGCUGCCCAGCCGCGGCGCUGUGACGUCACUCGCUAUCAACGUCACGCUGCACGGCCCUCUGCGCCUCGGCGAGGCGCCGCUACUUCUGCUGCAGUACGAGCCACCACACAGGACCGCAACUGACCUUAAGGUGGGCGGCGGCCGUGAGUCUCGACGCAGACGGCGGCAGGUGGAGGCGGAGGACUACGAGGAAGAGACAAACCGCGUCUGGAGCAGGGACAGUGGGGGCGGCGGGGGCGGAGAGCUGCAGCUCCAGGUGAAGGCCCGGUCGGGCCGGCGGGCGCGCGGCAACUGCCGCAGGAAGCCGCUCUACGUAGACUUCUCAGAGAUCAACUAUGACACCUGGAUAGUCGCCCCCACUGGAUACGAGGCGUUCCAGUGCGCGGGUCGGUGCUCGUGGCCGCUGCCGGAGCACCUGUCGCCCACCAAGCACGCGCUGGUGCAGGCGCUGCUGCACACGUUCCGGCCAGGGCUGGCCCCGCGCGCCUGCUGCGUGCCCACGCGCCUCCUGCCCAUCUCCGUGCUCUACAUGGAGCCCACUGGCGUCGUCACCUACCACUACAGCUACCACGACAUGGUGGUCGCAGAGUGUGGCUGCCGCUGAGCCGCAUCACAUACUUCGAUUUGAUUGUUACAGACUGCUGCUCUCAGCAAACUGCACUACCUGCCGCUCAUUCGACGACACGGUAUGACGAACUGCUUCACUCACUGAUGCAGCUGUCAAGAUGUUAUCAACUGACGACAGCUUGCCACGGAACCUCGUCAUGUACCAAUGCAUCUCUUCACAAGAUGGUCAUCACAGACUGCAGCUGCCACUUAACCUGAUUUCUUAUAUGGUCGACACAAGGCUGAGGAUGCCUGUAAAAUAACUGUGGUCACAGACUGAGUACAGUGCUGAAACAUAUCCCUUAGCGUGAACAGUUGUCACAGACUGCAACUGUAUCACUGCUAUUUAAUAAAAAUUAAAAAGUACUGCAGACUAUUACAUAUCUGACCGAUUACCUACAAUGACAGAAUAUAAUGUGAACCUUAGAAAAUUUGUAUUGUAAAAUGAUUGGUGAAGGACCUUAUGGGCAAAUGCAUGCAGCAAAUGCAACAGAUUGAUGUUACUUAAAUACCUGGGAGUAGCACUGAUAGUGAAUAAAGAACACAAUAUUUAGUCGUC